AUGUUUGGUUGCGGUGCGGUCGCUCAGCUGGUGCUGAGCCGAGGCUCCCAUGCCACGUUCCUUUCUGUCAACUUGGCCUUUGGUUUUGCUGCAACCUUGGGCAUCCUCGUGAGUGGACAGGUCUCAGGUGGUCAUCUGAACCCGGCGGUGACCUUGGCGUUGUGUUUACUCGGGAGAGUUCCUUGGAGGAAGUUCCCGCUGUUCUUUUUCUUCCAAACUCUCGGAGCCUUUCUGGGUGCAGCGGUUGUGUUCGGCUUGUAUUUUGAUGCACUGCAGGACUUCAGCCAGGGGGAGCUGGUCGUGGUGGGAAAGAACGCCACAGCCGGGAUAUUCGCCACGUAUCCAUCCAAACAUCUCAGCCCGGUUAACGGCCUCUUUGAUCAGAUUAUUGGGACGGCGGCGUUGAUCAUAUGCAUCCUGGCCAUAGUCGAUCCACACAACAAUCCUGUCCCUCGAGGCCUGGAGCCCUUCACCGUAGGCUUUGUGGUGUUGGUCAUCGGCCUGUCGAUGGGCUUCAACUCUGGCUACGCCGUCAACCCAGCCAGGGACCUCGGACCGCGCGCCUUCACGGCACUUGCAGGCUGGGGCGGAGAGGUUUUCACAGCAAACACCUACUGGUUCUUAGUGCCGAUCUGUGCCCCCUUCUUGGGUGCAGUGGUGGGUGUGCUGAUGUACCAGCUGAUGAUUGGAUAUCAUUUAGAAAGAGACGCCCAGGAGAAGCAGAAGAGGAAGAAGGAGGAGGAGGAGAGGCUCAAACUCUCCAGUAUUACAACCAACGAGGAUGCAUGAGCACUUCUGAAUCUCUUUAAGCAGUCAUGUCAAAGAAGAUUACGUUCUUUCCUGAAAACUGUUUCUUCUGCUCGUCAGGGGAACUCCUGUUGCUUUUCACACACCUCUUUAACUAACAUCCCUCAUAAGAUAAACAUUUAAGCCAUCGAUCAGUAUUCAUGGAAACAUCGUCUUACAUGACAUCUCAUAAUAGACGGGAACAGCUUCUGAGGAAAACAUGGCACUGGUUUCAUUUCACUGUACUCCAGCGAGCCCUUUCAUUUCAGCUUGAAGCAAAACACUGCUUCCUUCAUGCUGCUGUGUCUGACAAAACAAAUAUAUCAGCUCACAGAACAAACAAAAAAGCCAAACAAAAGAAAGUUUUGGUUGAAGACGUACUUGAAUGGUGUCUAACGUGAAAGAAAACCUCCAAAUCACCCUCUUCUACUUCACUUUCUAUCAGGUCUAAGAACUGCGUGAUACUGCACCUCUGGCACAUUUGGCACAUUUUAUAAACCAAUUCAACUUUUAAAUGUGCAAACAAUUCUGUCCUUGGAAAUCCUGAUUAUUUGUGUCACAUUGUUCCUGACGUUUACCUGAUCAAAACAAUGAUCUACAAAGUAUUAAAACA